AUGGAAGGCUCCAGCGAUCAGCUCUCUGACCAUACGCUCCCUGAAGGCGCGUACUACCGGGAUGGCGAAGCUCGGCCCGAGAUCAAUCUCCAAGCAAGACGCCAGGAGAUUGAAGACCUCGUCUAUGAAGACGAUGCUACGUCCUCUUUAAGCGGCGUGGAGGAUAGGCUCGUG